AUGCCGUUCACGGAGGCACUAGGGGGUGGGACAAACCCCCUCGAGUUCGUCUUGGACAUGCUCCCCGGCACGCGGCGGGGGAUCUCCGGCGAGGAACUGGACGACGCCUAUGCCAUGAUGCCCCACAUACAGGAAUCUCUGAUGGAGAAGACGGGGUGGGAGGGGACUGGGACGGGCUACGAAGACACCCCCGUGGGUUUCUACAGGGACACCAACCUGAAACCGUUGAACUGGAGGGACGCCAUGGUGUCCAUGAAGCCCGGGUCGGGCACGUUGGGGCUCGACCCUCACUUCGACGACACCUCCGGAAGCCCCGAGCAGGUAGAGAGACGUCGGGAGCGUGGCUUGCUCAAGGGCGUGGGAACUAGGUACAGGGGUCCCCCGCCGGGCACGCAUGGCCCUUGGCGAUGGGGACAGCUGGUCAAGGGCUCCGCGUUGGAGGAGGGUUUUCGUCUUGAACGGAACAAGAGGAAUCUCGAAAUUUUCACUCAGAUGUAA